AUGUCAGACUACGUUCCUUUCCAAAUCCAAUUUGAAAUCAUCAAAAGACUUCCUGUAAAAUCAUUACUUAAAUUCAGAUCCGUCUCACAACCAUGGAAAUCUUUGAUCGACAGCUCGGAGUUUAUUGCUGAAUACAACGUCAGCCAGACUCAACCGCAGCGUCUAUCUGUAUGGUACAAUGAUCCAUGGUCUGCUAAGGAUAGAUUUGUUUCGUUUGUGGAUGAUGACACUUUCACCCUACACGAGUUCACUUCGACUGUUCCUAAACUAAUUAAGAAUUUACAAUCUGUUGUCGGUAGCUCUCAUGGACUGCUGUGUUUGUACAGUUAUUAUAAAGAUCCAGGUCGAUCCACCAACGAUGAAACAGUGAAGGGGGUUGUUCUUUGGAAUCCUUCGAUUAGAAAAUCAGUUUAUAUAACUACGCAUGUGUCUUCACAGUGGUGUGAAGAACAAAGUACUGUUCUUGGUUUUGGGGUUUCUCCUGCCACUAAUGACCCUACAGUUGUGAAGUUUAAACGUGUUACGUAUGCGGAUCCAAGAACUAAGGAUCACAUGCACUGGGUAGUUGAGGUUUUUACGUUAAGCGCUGGAUGUUGGAGAAUUCCAUCUAGCAAACCCCCUAAUGGAACGAUUACACUUACAUGGGAGCAAGUGGUUAUAGAUAAGUUUAUUUAUCGGUUUUGUUUUGAUGGGAUUCCGAGUCUCCGAAAUAAUCUAAUUAUGUCAUAUGAUAUGACUACCGAAGAAUUUAGAAUGGUAAACUUACCAGACUGUUUAGCACACCAGCGAUGUGUUAAUUUGUCCAUUUCUAAGGUAUGGGAGUCUCUAGCUGUGCUUGAAUAUAGUAGAAACAUCAACAAACAAGUUUGUGUUGUAUGGAUGAUGGAUCGUGUUGUCCCUAAUUUGUUUACAAAGCUAUUCACCAUUAAAACACCAAAUAUAUGGGAUUUUCGCCCUAAUAUUACACUCGGGUUUACAAAGAGUGGUAAACCUAUAUUGGGACUGAAAGGUCGUGAUGAAGAACCUGCUGCACUUGUUGUCUAUGAACCCCGGUCAGAACACAUCAAAGAAAUUGGGAUUUAUGGAAGAUAUGGUUUAUUCUUUGUUGGCUCGUACGUGGAAACCCUACUUUUGCAUGAGCAAGUGAAUUAUAGUGUUUAUUCUUAUAAUAACUAA